UGGAAGACUGUUCAGCAGAGAACUCUAACACUUCUGCUCAGAGUUAGAGGAAUGUCCUCACCAACCUGCUUGACUCUAACUUAUAUUUUUUAAAACAAAAUUUGUUGUAGGGAAUGGAAAUGAUGAAAAAAAUACGCCAUAACACUUUUUAUUGUGAAGUUGGUUUAUUGGCUACUGUUAAGAAUUCUUAUUAAAACUGAAGCACCUUAAUGUGUUCUGGGUUUUGUAAUGUGUUCAACAAACUCAUUGGAGCAAUAAAUAUUUUCAAGACCUAUCCAAAUUACCAGUGCCACUUCUCUGUUUUCCUGUGGUUCCACCCCCUUGGACUAUCUGCCUAAGAAAAGUUAACGUCUGCUUGUAGCAGAUGCAUACUUGUUUUUCCCCUGAAACCAACAAGGCUUAAUGAAAACUCUAGAAAGUAGGCACUUGUGGGAAAGAAGAGAAAAGAGGCAAGUUCACAAGGUUCCUGGGUGGAGUUGCCGAUGAACAGCAGCAAUGGCAAUGAUAAUGGCAAUGGGAAAAAUGGGGGACUAGAGCACGUACCUUCUUCAUCCUCUAUCCACAAUGGAGACAUGGAGAAGAUUCUUUUGGACGCACAGCAUGAAUCAGGACAGAGUAGUUCAAGGGGCAGUUCUCACUGUGACAGCCCUUCCCCACAAGAAGAUGGACAGAUUAUGUUUGAUGUAGAAAUGCAUACUAGCAGGGACCAUAGCUCUCAGUCAGAAGAAGAAGCUACAGAAGGAGAGAAAGAAGUUGAGGCUUUGAAGAAAAGUGUAGAGUGGGUAUCUGACUGGUCCAGUAGACCUGAAAACAUUCCACCUAAGGAGUUCCACUUCAGGCACCCUAAACGUUCUGCUUCUUUAAGCAUGAGAAAAAGUGGAGCCAUGAAGAAAGGGGGUAUUUUCUCAGCAGAAUUUCUUAAGGUGUUCAUUCCAUCUCUCUUCAUUUCUCAUGUUUUGGCUCUGGGGCUAGGCAUCUAUAUUGGAAAACGACUGAGCACCUCUUCUGCCAGCACCUACUAAGAGAAAGAAGAGCCCCUGGAAAUGCGUGUGACCCGUGAAGUGGUGUUAUUGUCACGUUAGUUUAUUUGAACUUGAGACCACUGUAAGCAUGACCCAACCUACUGCCCUAUUUUUACAUAUUCAAGUUCCAGUAACUCGAAAUCCAGUAUUUUAUUCAAACUCUGUUGAGGCAUUUUACUAACCUCAUUCCCUUUUUGGCCUGUAAGACACUUUAGAACUACCUAACAGAGUUUACUGUUGUUUAGAAAUUUGCAAGGGCUUCUUUUCUGCAAAUGCCACCAGCAGAUUAUAAUUUUGUCAACAAUGCUAUUGUCUCCUUUUAGUCACCACCAGACUUAGACCUGCAUCAUUGAUGGUAUAAAUUCUACUCUUGCAAGGUAACUACCAUCCCCUCUGUUCAGAUGAGAUCAGGUUAGCAAAUGGUAAUAGAGCUUUGUUUUUUCCAAGACAAAGGCAAGUUUCCCUAAACUUGAAUUUAUAGUUAUUAAAAAAAAUAAAAUAACAACAACAACCCAAGGAAAAGAAAAAAAUCCCAGGCAAUAAAAAAUUAUUUUAAACCACCUUUAGAGACUUUAAUUUGUAGGAGGCAGGCUAUACAAAUAAUAGAUACAGAAUAGAAUAAGAACUGAAACACAUCAGCAGAUUUUAAUACUAGAAUAUUGUAAUGUCUUUUCUAUAAUACAGAAUCUUUAUUUCUGAUAAGGAAUGUCUCAGGCCUGGAAAUAUAUGAAAUUGCUUUGGGAUUUUUGUGUAUGUUUGGAAUUUUUAUGUUUUUUAGCUGCAUGCAAAUUUUUCAUAACUUUCUUUACAUUUUUGUAUUUCUUUUUCUCUCUCUCUCUCUCUCUCUAAGAGGCUUUGAAAUGAGUUCCAAUUUGAGAUGUAAACAUAGGCUUCUUGUUUUAGGAAGCAUCACUUAUAGUCUAAAGCCUUUAAACCCUGAAGAUAAUAAUUUCAGAGUUACUCCAAGCAGGCGUGCAACUUUGAGAAAUAGACUUGGGUCAUGGGAACAGUUGACAAAAUUCUGAAAAGAUGCCAUUUGUUUGCUUCUGAUCUUUCACUUGUUAUCGUUUACUGUGCAGUCUUCCCAAGGUGAUUCCUGUGAUUCUGCAGGCACUGGUGAUUCUCUCACGUAGCCAUCUUUUCAGUACGUUAUACUCUUGAAAUUCCAGAACUCUCAGCAACUUCUUCCUUCAGUGACACACUUUUUUUCUUUUUCUAAAAUGUGAAGCUUUAGGACCAAAUUGUUAGAAAGCAUCAGGAUUCUCAGUUACUUCAAGUAGAUUUUAUUGGAUUUCAGAACACACAGCAUGGCUUUGAGGGAUACUACUAACUACCAUAUGUUUUAUAUUUAAAUAAUUACUGUUUAUGAUAUAGACAUUACUAUUGAAUAUUUAAGAGAACCAUUGUUAAUUUUAAACUAGCAAUCUGUUCAUUAAAUAAAGCACAUCAGGUUGACUUGAAUAAAACACUACAACAACCAGGUUUGCCAGUUUUCAGAAACUCUUUUCUCUCUCACAUCAGGUUUUGCAAAUUGAUAUAGUAGAGAAUAACAAAAGAAUUAAUUUCCCAUAAUUUUUUCAAAAAUAUAGCUGCUUACCUUUAAGAAAGAUGAUAUAUCCAAAAUCAUUUUCUGAAUUAUUUUUUUUUUUUUUUCUAGCAUUGGAUGUUUAAAUAAUUUUGGGCAUCUUUUUAUUUUAUCUUCUUCCUGUAUUAAACUUAAAUCUGGUAAUACUUAGUUUGCCUUCUGUAACCUGUUUAUUUCAGGUAUCCAUAUUUGAACCUUUUGGAAGAAAGUAAAUUUGAUGUCCUCUGGUUUUGAAAAACCUGAAUAAAAUUGAAAAGUUAAGAGAACUAAGUAGAUACACCUUACUUUGUACUAUAAUUGGCAUCAUGGGAGAGAAAAGAAUUAUACUUAAAGUAAAAGCAACUUUUUACAGUCAUUUCAUUGCCUUCUUUCCAAAUUCUAUAGUGAUUCUAUCGGUAGUAUGAUUAGAACUUCGGUAUAUAUAUUUUUUUCAAUAUUAAAAACAAAUUUAGCUCUGCCCUUUUUCUUAAAAUAUCUGUGAAAGUAUGGAAUCUUACAUAAAAAAUGAAUACAUAAUCACAGUAGAACUUCUCAUAAGAUGAAACAAUGCAGUAUUUAUUGGUAGCCCUAAUAUAGGGGAUGAAUGUUUGUAGCUCCUACCCAGAUUUACAGUGAACAGAAACAGAUUGUAUUUUUGGAAAGGAGAAUUCCACAAUUAGCAGUUGAAAUUUUAAGGUUAAUGUUUUAAAAGGUUUACGCCUGUUUACAAUUGGAGAUGAAAAGGCAGGCUUCAUUUUCUCAUGUUUGAAGAAAACUGGCUUAAAAUAUUUGUAAAUAGACUCAUUAGCAAAGGUGCACAUACUUGCACAUUGAAAAAUGUAACAAGUUACCUUGAUUGUAGUAAAAAUAUUUACCAUUAUAAAAAACGAAAAUUGGAAACUCAGCCAGUAAGGUGAUUUUUUAAGUGAACCAGUUGUUGAAAUUAUUGGGAAUAACUGAGCCAAAGUGAUUAUGCAUUCUUCAUCUACUUACUUAGCACUUUGUAUCAUUAUAUACAGUUUACAGUACAUGUAUAACUUGUAGCUCUAAACAUUUUGUGCCAUUAAAGCUCUCACAAAACUUUU